UCUCAGGGGAAGGAGAAAUCAGGGCGGCAAAGUCACUUUCCAUAUCGCACAGGCAUAUGAGGGCUUCCUAAGUUAUCUGAGAUCCACUAACUGACUCACUCUGUCCAGGUUACAACCACUGCCUCCGGCCCGGGGCACACGCUGGAUGAGGAGGUGAGACACACUGGGAGAGCGCAAGAACAGCCCAGCAAUCGAAUCCUGGAAACCUGUCAUUUCCAGGAACAGAAACUGAAAGUCAGCUGGCCUGGCUGGAUCCCUUCUGUGAGAGGAGGGAGGCAGGACUCAGAGGUAGAAAUAGCAGAGCAGUUAGCAGGAGCCUGCCAUGGCCUGAAGUCUGGAAGGAAAGCCAGGAAGGCCAGAUCCUCCUCCUCCCCUCUCUCCCUUCCUGGUUUUCCGCCUUUGGAGGGGGGCCUCGCCCUCCACACCUCCUUCCCAUCCUUUCUGAAUACACGUGGCCUGCGUUCUAAUUUGGGGUCUUCCAGAAGGAGCAGCCUCCUCCCCGAGGGUCGCGAGAGUGGAUGACUUCCAGGAAGGGCCGACAACACCUGGUCCCACUCGCCCCCGUGAGGCAGCAGGGGAACGAGGAACAAUAUUUCCUGAGGAGCGACGUCCUCGGUGCGUGUCUUCACAAGACCAGAGGGCCCUCAGAGCCGAGCUCCACAUGUAUCCCCGCAAGCCUAGGGAGCUUGCUCCCCUGCUGGCCAGCAUGGCAGAAGACGCGGUGACCCAGCACACCCCACUGUCCACCUCCUUCACUUCGGUGGCAUCGUAUCACAAAGGCUGCAGCAUCUCGCCUGAAGACAGCAGGAGGCUUGACAAGGCCGUGAGAGAAGGGAAGCUCCUGGACGUGGCUGCUGUGGUCAAGCAGACGGUGGAGACUGUGUCCAGAGCCCCCGUGAGCAUCGCUGUGGCGGGGGACUCUGGCAAUGGUAUGUCCUCCUUUGUCAACGCCCUGAGAGAGAUUGGGCACGAGGAAAAGACCUCGGCUCCCACCGGGGUGGUGAGGACCACGCUGACACCAGCCAGGUACACCUCCCCCAGGUUUCCCGACGUGUCCUUGUGGGACCUACCUGGCAUGGGUGCUUCGGGCCAGAGCCUCGACGCCUACCUGGGGGAGCUGCAGUUCGGCCAGUACGACCUCUUCAUCAUCAUCGCGUCCGAGCAGUUCAGCCUGAAUCACGUGAGGCUCGCCAAGAGCAUCGAGAGAGUGGGAAAGAGGUUCUACGUCACCUGGACCAAGGUGGACAGGGACCUCAGCACGACGCCCCUCUCCAAGGUCCUGCUCCUGCAGAGCAUCCGGGAAAACAUCCUGGACAGUCUCCGGAAGGAAGGGUUGCGUGACCCCCCCAUCUUCCUGGUGUCCAGCCUCGAGCCAUCGCUGCACGAGUUCCCCACUCUCAGGAGGAAGUUGCAAACAGACAUCUACAACCUCAGGUGCCGUGGUCCCUUAGAGGCCCUGUUUCGCAUCUGCGAGGUGACCGUGAAUGACAAAGUGGCCUCCCUGCAGGCACGAGUGUCCCCCAAAUAUCUGCAGGACACCCUCGGUGUGGCGGAUGCCGAAGACUUGGAGCAAUGCCUGAAGGCCUACCGGUGUCACUUUGGCGUGGACGACGAGUCCCUUCAGCAGGUGGCCUGGAGCACGGGAAGAGUGGUGUCCGAAUACAGGACCGAGCUGAAGUCCCAGGUUCUGCCUGUGCUCUGCAGGGCUGACUUGAGACUGAGGAUCAUGACCUGCAGGCUGGCCAAGGUGCUCCUCUGGCUGCUCGGGUGGGCUCCGUGGUGUGGCCCCCGUGCCAUUCGCUUCUUCGCACUCAUGAGACACAGACGUGUGAUUCACUCAGUCGGCGAGGACACCAAGGCCAUCCUGAGGAAAAUUCUGGACGACUCCAAAUGUCCUGCCUGAAAUUCUGCUGUGGGUGGGUGCGGCACCUUCGUUCUCGCGUGGAAGUCAGGCCACCUCCGGGUCUCUUCUCCACCAGAAAUCAAGAAAUGUAAACCACUUUCUAUUUAUAAGGAAUAUGAGGUUAGCCAGCUUUUUGAAAGGAAUUUAAAAAAUCAUUCAUCUUAGCCUUAGUUUUAAUGCAUGGUUCCUUUGAGGAAAACGUAUUUAUUGAAAUCAUUAGCCAAGCUUCCUGAGUCCAGUACGUAGAGAUUUUGCUCUCGGUUGUAGUUGUGAUGUGGUUCUGAAGCAGCCCGUUUUCCCCAAAGCAAAUCAUAGUA